AUGGUUACAGUUUUGCGAACGCGGGCACGCGCGCUUUCUCUCGAGGUCAUGAGCGCAAUCUUCUAUGACCUCAGAGAUGCGUGCUAUUUCCCCAAGAUAGUUCAAGGUAAGCCCGAGAAAAUUGACUGGACAAUGUACCAAGAGAUGAAUGUUUGCACAUCCAAUUUCAUUACAGAGGCUUUUGCACAGGUCGGACAACAACUGACCCUUAAUCAACAGAACCGUACAGGCAGAAUGUAUAUCGCUCUUGAACGUCUUGGAUGGAAGAUAUUUGCCAUUUGUGCACACUCGAAAGCAUUCCGAGCUGCAAUACAGAGCGUCGUGGAUAAUACAGAAUGGGAUAUAAUUCUUGAAUUUAUCUACCGGGAGAAGCGCAGCAUCGAGACUUUUGCUCGUAGUCGCGACUUGGAUUGGCGUGGUCCCCUUCUUCCUUAUGCGGGAGAUCCGUGGCCUGGACUUCAAGAGGCAUUGACACCUGAUAUUAACCUAGCAACAGAGCACCCGCAUCAUAUAGUACAGACUGAAGAUGGUGGCCUCCGCCAGCCAGUAUUCCCAUGGACAGAAGACGGUGAGCUCCAACCCAAUAUGCAUAGAAAUUUCCUUCAUCCUUCCUUCCCCUUCCAGACUGCAGUCGCAAGCAAACGCAAUGAUAACUUUAGAGAGUGUUUUCUCUGUUUCAAGAAAACCUGCAAGUGCGAACCCAUGUUUGUUCCAGCAGACUUCAUUGAACUCCGAGAGUAUGCUGGCAGGGGGGUAGGAACCCGGGCAUUGAUUAACUUCCCGAAGGGGAUGUGUCUAGGUGAGUUUAAUGGGGUGGUACGCCCGGAAAUUCCUGGAAUGGGUGAUAUAUGGAGUAUGAUAUGGACGGUCCAGAUACGAGAUAAGGACGGCAAUUUAUCCUACGACUACCCCAAUAAACUUGUGGUAGACCCCACGCGCCUGGGUAGUUGGACUCGAUAUUCCAACCACCAUUGCGACCAGUAUAACGCAAGACCUGUUCCAGCUGUGGUGGGAGACCAAGAUUUCCUCGGAUUUAUCACACAUGAGAAUAUUUGCGUGUUUGAUGAGGUGAACAUUACUUACGUUACUUAUACCAUCGGAACCUGGAAGGCUACUAGUAUGCGUGUUUCAAGAGGGAUCUUCGGAGGUCUCCGCUUUGUGCGACAGCUGCAGUCCGUUCACUUGCAUCGACGAACUCUGCUGACCGAGAGCUAUGUGCGUGGCCCAUUGGAUCCGCCCUUGAUUGAGUCGACUGUUGGCGACCACUUCGCGAAAAUAGUGGCUGAACAUGGAGAUCGAACAGCCGUCGUUUCGAAGCACCAGAACGAUCGCGUCACGUAUGCCUCCCUUGACGCCAGAAGCAAUGCAUUUGCCCGGGGAUUAGAAUCGGUGGGUGUGAGGAGGGGCGAAAGAGUGGGUGUAAUGCUAGGGAACUCUAUGGAAUAUGCCGUUGCAACAUAUGCGCUGUUCAAGCUGGGUGCCAUUCUGGUACCACUCAAUCCGUCCUUUAAUGCCACGCAAGUCGUCUCUGCCUUGAGCCACCUUGAGGCGAGCCACCUGAUCAUCAGCGCCGAAUCGAACCUACCUCGCAAAGACCCUCGCAGUAACGUCAAACUUCUCGAGCUUAUGGUCGAAGACCUUUUCAGCUCGAAACUACAGUCCGCACUCAUUCCUUCUCUUGAGAGAAUCAUUCUGGUCAACAACUCCUCCGGCCGAGUAGAUAUAUCGUCCUAUAAAAGCAUCACACCCUUUUCUUCCGUCAUGUCCCAAUUACCUGGAGACUGUCGGCCAUUGCCGGGGCAAGACCUCUCCCCGCAAGAUAUUGUUAACAUUCAAUUUACAUCCGGAACGACCGCAAUGCCAAAGGCGGCUUGCCUCAGUCACCACUCUAUUCUAAAUAACGGUUCCCAAAUCGGCGAUCCAACUCACGGAUCUUGCAUUGUAUUCCCAAGCGAGUCGUUCAAUGCUCGUGCCGCAUUGCAAGCAGUGCAAGAAGAAAAAUGUACAGCACUUUACGGGGUGCCCACGAUGUUUCUCGAGGAGCUUGGUCUCAUUGCCUCGGGUGAAGUUUCCGGAGAUGGCUUUCAGCAAUUGCGAACUGGAAUUGCGGCUGGAAGCAGUAUUCCCGCAGAACUGAUGAAAAAGCUUCAUAAGGUAUUGAACUUGACCGAAUUGACAAUAUGUUAUGGAAUGACAGAAACAAGUCCUGUCUCUGCGAUGACGGCCACCGACGAUCCUAUAUCAAAGAGAAUCAGCACGGUUGGAAGACUGAUGCCACAUGUUGAGGCUAAAAUCGUGGACCCGGUAGACAAAACACAAACCCUUCCAAUUGGAGCCCGGGGAGAGCUGGCGGUUAGCGGCUACCUUCUCAUGAAGGAAUAUUGGGGUGAUCCUGUAAAGACCGCAGAGGUUAUGAUUGCAGAUGCUACUGGGAAGAUGUGGAUGCAUACUGGAGACGAAGCAUCUAUCUCCGAAGAUGGAUAUGUGUCUAUAACUGGCCGCAUCAAGGAUUUGAUUAUCCGAGGCGGGGAGAACAUACAUCCCCUUGAAAUCGAGAAUUGUCUCUUGGCCCACCCUGGUGUUAUUGAUGUCUCUGUUGUCGGCGUACCGGAUGAGCGAUAUGGCGAGGUUGUCGCCAGCUUCAUAUCCGCCCGAGAUCAAGGCUCUAAGAUGGUUACUGCCGAGGAGAUACAGCAAUGGGUGCGUGAGCAUUUGAGCAACCAUCUUGGUACGUACUCUCUUUUGAACGUAGUUUCGGACAUGACUGAUAUUCAAUUUGCUUUACAGUUCCUAAAUACGUAUUCUUUUCUGGGCCCAACGGAAACGUUCCCGAAGACGGCAAGUGGAAAGAUUCAGAAGUUCAAGCUCAAGGAACAGGCGAUCAAGCUGAUCGCGGGUGUUUGA